AUGGACAGUACAACGAAAACCAACGAGUUGGCUACCUUAGAAGAGGAAGUACUGAGCCCUCAGGUAUCAAAUGAAGAUGUAAAGCAAAACCAGGCAACCAACCGACCUCGAUCGGAAUCAACCCAAAGUAGUAUAUCAGGAGCGAGCUCUCUUAUAAUGAAAGUAACCAGGAGACCUAGUGAUAAUCUGUUACCAAUCAUGAUUCAAAAAGAAAGAAAGGAUCAACCAUCGAGGAACGCUUCUAAUUCACUUGCAACCCAUAACAUGACAAAUGAACAAAAUAACGUAAUACUUCGCCAAUUACCUGAACAAAUAUCUACAGAUUUACUACCACCAAAAUCAACUUUCAUGGGGAAACCCACUCAAAGACCCAUAUCUGAGGAUUCCAUUGCGACGCGAACAACAGAGAUAUUUUCUUCUGAACCGUCUGACACAAAUUCUGAAUCAUCCAUAUCUAACGAUGAUCGCCAUCAUAAGUUGCUCGCAUUUGAAGGAGAAUCCGACUUGAACGAUACCAUGGAUUAUAGUAUGCUUUCCAUUGAUACCACGGGGAACAAUGGUAACAUGACUGAUUUCAAUAUUGAUACUUUUUCAACGGUAGAUACGCUGACAAGCCCAGUAAAUCAAAGUCGCACAGUAAUUUCUAGAAACGCAACUCUUUUAGGAAACACAUCGGAAGUUUCCAGAACCAACUCAUAUUCGCAAGCAUCAACAAACUCAAAGGCAUCCAGUAAUAACAAUGGACCUUCAGAAACAGCAUAUAACAGUAAGUUCAUUAAUAGAUCAGCAUCAUUUCUUCAUUCAUCAUCCACCCAACCUACUCAUUUACCAUUGAAUUAUGCCAAUAAUUUCACAACAAGUAAUCUCCCAAUGACAUCACAAAAGCAACCCAACUAUCCAUACACACGAUCGAAUAGUACAUCUAACAUUUUACCAAUGAAUAAUAUUCAUCUAACACCCUCUCAAAGAUAUAGAUUACGCAAAGAGCAGAGUAAUAUAUCUCUAAGGCAAUCCAUUAGAAGAAAGGAAAAAUAUUAUGAUAAAUUAGAGUUACAAGAGGAAGAUGAUGUCGAUAAUUCAUUUAUUUGGAACAUACCUAUUGCCUCUUUCCCCACCAGUUCUUUUAUAUCCUCCACUCCUGAUUUACCAUCCACGAAGAUGAAAAAAUCACAUCAGCAUCGUCGUCAUAUUACCAAUGCUAAGAAAUUUCCAACUCCACCUGACAAAGAAACUGAUAUCGAUCAUCCACUUCCAUUGGGAAUGAAACCAUUAAAUGUAUCAUUACCACCCACCUCUAUUCCUGGUAUUAAUCCUGUCUCAGAUUCACAAUAUUUCGAAGAAACGGUGAAGGAUUUAUCAUCAGUUUAUAUUGACACAUCAGAGAAGCUGAAACAAAGCAAAUUAAGAGAAAGAUAUUAUUCUGCAGAUCAUUUACCCCUAUCAUUGAAACAUGCUAGUGAUUGUGGUAUGGAAGAUUUAUUAUUAAUUUCCCCCGAUAAGAUUAAUUUGAUGAGUUCUUCUAGACCCAGUUGGUUACCUCCUAAGGAUAGCCAUGAGGAUAAAAUUCAUGGGAAGCUUAUUUCACGAAGUAUGAGUUUGGCAUCAGUGGAUCAAUUAAAAUAUAAACAAAUUCAAGAAAGUUAUGCAUUAAAGGAUAAAUCAAAUCAAGAUAAAUAUUUAAAAUUACUUGAAAAGGAUAUUAAUAAAAAAUCAUCAUUGAAUGAGUUGAAAAAAUUAAUAUGGGAAACACCAAUACCUAAUAAGCUUCGUUUAACAAUAUAUGAAAAGCUAUUAGAAAGUGACUCGAAGAUAAUCAGUCAACAUUUUAUUGAACCAUUUGACGAAGCAAUGCUGUUGUUAAAUAGAAUGGAUUUUCCUAAGGAUAAAGAAUUUGAAAUUGAACAAUUGAUUAAAAAUGGGAUUCAAGAUAAGAUAGGAGGGUAUGACAGUAGGAUCCAUGAUGAUUUAAUAUUAUUACUAGAAUUAAAAUCGAUUUCGCAACAAGGAUUAAUUGUUGGAGAUGAAUUAUUAUUCCAUCAUUUAUUAUUAACAAGCGAGGAACCUGAUUUAGCCACAAUAUGGACAAUGGUUAAUUUAAUACAAAUGACAUGUUUUAAUGAUGUUUGUAAGGAGAAAUAUGAUAUGAGAAUUUUGAAUUCACACAAUGUGAUUUCGUAUUUGUUAAGAAAUGAAGAAUUUAAUAAUGAAAGAAAUGAAACUUGUUUAAAUAGCAAUACUUGGUGGAAUAUAAUGGAGAGACUUGAUCAUAACAUGUUCCUAUGGGUAUUGGACGUUAUUAUUGUCUGUAAUGGACAAGUCUUUACGAAAUUGAAAGAGGAGUUUAAUCCUCAAGAUUGGGAACGUUACAGGAAUAAAAGGGUCAUUGUCAAUGAUAAGAUUCUUAUAUCAUUGGCCUUGAAUGUGCUCAUCAAUCAUCAUUUUGGAUUUAACGAUCUGAAAAGCUUACAAAAUUUACACGAUGACAAAUUCCGUAUCCCCGUUGCCAGCACUGAAGACGUCUCCAAUGGCAUCGAUAGAAAUGAUAGAGGGUUCAUUACGAAGUGGUCAUACUAUUACAACAAGAUUAAAUAG